AUGGCGGUGCGUUCUGGUAAAACUCGUGUGAGGAAUGGCGUUGCAUAUGAAGUUUUAAACUAUAUAAGUUCAGUUGAUUUGCUGUACGAUGAAAGGAAAAAAACAAAGGACAGUUGGCAUAUAUCAAGUCGACCGCUUGAUUGCUCGCAGGAAAGACAGAGAGGUAUGAAAUAGAGCAGUAAAAAUUUGGGUCAUGUCACUCAUGUGGUUAUAUAAUUUUCGUAUUAAAUAAAAUAUGAAAUGCAGGACUUUUGUGCAACACUAUAGUCCAGGUAGACAAGUUGUAUGGCAUUAAUAUCAAUAGUCUCACCAUAUUUUGUUUCCUCACUCAAGGGAUGGAAGUACUUCGUUAAAUGGGCUGGUUAUAGUUCAUUUGACAACACUUGGGAACCUCAAGGACAUCUUUCUCCAGCGUUGUUGAGGUAUGUAUUUAUAAAAAACGUAGAAGCGUGUAGUAAGAUGAGAUAUUUGUUUUAAAACAACUGUUUUUUAUUGAAAAGUUGACAAUGAAAUUUUCCAUACAGGUCCAAGGUAACACAGUGUUUGAGAAAGGCUUAAUUCUAUAGUGCAUACAAUUUAAAUCUUGUAUUAAUUUUUUAUUAGGUAUUUUGAAAAGCCUGAUCCUUCACAAGAUGUUGUACUUGACUGCGUGGACCGUUUAUGGAGGGAGAUUAUGAGCUGCCUCAAACGAAAGGGACCUCAACAACGGAUUUCUAUAGACUUUAGGCAUGAUGUCUACAAGUUCUUGUUUGUUGGAAAAGGAAAACAAGCUGAGCAGAGGGGGUAUAUAUUAUUUGAAGAAAAUGAUUUUUCAAAAUGCCGUCUUCCCAAGUACUGGAAUUGCUUGUUUGAUCAACAUGGUGAUGGAAUUAAAAUAAACUUUCCUGUCAAGAUGAGACAUUUUCUUGCUCGUUCCCGCAAAAGCUUUGUACGCAAAGGGGGAAGGAUGGUGGAAGUACCUUGUGCUUUGACCGAGAAGAUUUCUUUAACUUUUGUUAAAGUUGCAUUUGGAUGCUAA